AUGAGCUUGCUGAGGAAUAAAAGAGGGAGUCCUCCCACUAUGCGGUUUAUAAAGAGAGAAUUUUGUGCACUUAUUAGUUGGACAGAAAACAUAAAAGGAUGUCCAGUGUGGAAAGAUAAGAAUAAAUUCCUUUUUGAAAGAAGAAAAGAAAAUAAUUUAAAAAAAAAUGAUAUAAUAAUAAGAAGAAGCUUUUCUAGGUAUUCUGGAAAAGGGGAAAGCUAUGAUAAAAAGAGGAAAUAUUCAUUAUUAUUACUUUUUCAAAAUUAUGGCAUUAAAAAUUAUUUGUGUAAAUUAAACAACAGAGCAAUGGAGGAUAUUCGUGAACGUAAUCGGAAAAUGAAAAAAAUUUUGGAGGAAUCUUAUCGCCAGUUUUGGGUGAAGUAUGGGCAUAUAAAAAGUACGUAUCAAAAUGAGUUCUGGAGAUACCAAAAAGGUAGACAGAAAAGUAGGGGAGACUUUAACAAUAGCAAUUACAAUAGUAGCAGUGGUAGUAGCAAUGGUAGUAGCAGUGGUAGUAGCAAUGGUAGUAGCAGUGGUAGUAGCAGUGGUAGUAGCAGUGGUAGUAGCAAUGGUAAACUCCGCACCCCUCUUUUUCUUCUACUUCUUCUCGACUCGUUAAAAAACGAAAAAAAGAUUAAGCGACGGGCUCAUAAAUUACUGCUGAAGGGGAAAUACCAUUUAAAUAGUAUAAGUCAAUUUUGCAAAGAUAUAAACACGUCAUAUUAUAAAAAUUUGCUUUAUUACAACUACAUUAAAUCACCAGUGACAUAUACGCUGAUAUGUUUACAUUUGUUUGUUUAUUUAUUAUGGUUAAAUGCAAAACCGAUGAACAGUACUUAUGAUUUUUUUAGAACAAAAGCAUCCCAUUCCUCUAGUUUGUUAACCACUGAAUUUAUGUAUACCUAUUUCUGCUGUAGUUUACAAAGCCUAAGAGAAAAAAAAUUAUAUACACUAGUAACAAAUCUAGUGAGUCAUAAUACUAUUCAGUCUUUGCUAUUAAAUACUAUAUCGUUAUACUACAUAGGAACAGCUUUAGAAUUGUUUAUCAAAUCAAGAAAUUUCAUUCUUACUUAUUUAGUUAGUGGUAUUAUAUCUUCAUAUAUACAAAUAUUAUAUCAAAAAAAUAAUCAAAAUGAUUUUUAUUACAAUAACAUUUACGUUUUUGGUGCUAGUGGAAGUAUUAGCUCUAUAUUGGCCACCUAUACUUUCCUUUUUCCCAAUCAAAAUAUAUACUUAUACGGAGUUAUAGCCCUACCUUUAGUAAGAACAAAAGAGGCCUUGUUCUCAUCUUUAUACUUUUUAAACGAAUUCUAUUGUGUCAUAACUAACAAGAGGGAUAGCACAGGGCACGUUGCACACUUAACGGGGAUGUUUCUAGGAAUACUUUAUUAUUACUUUUGCGUUAAGAAGAGAAUGUACAUUUGA